AUGAGGUGGAAACUGGAGAAGAGGCGCAAGCUCCUGCUCCUGCUUGCCAUCCUCGCAGCCAACCUCACCUACCAGGCAGGCUUGAAUCCACCGGGCGGCUUCUGGCAAGAGAACAUCACAGGCCACGUCGUCGGCAACCCUGUGCUCAACGACAACUACCGCCGCCGCUACAUGGCUUUCUUCUACUGCAACGCGACGGCCUUCGUCUCGUCGCUGGCCAUCAUCAUGCUGCUGGUGAACAGGAAGCUCUCGGCGAGAGGAAUACAGUCGCACGCGCUCGGCGUGUGCGUGGUCCUCGACCUGGCCGGCCUCAUGGGCGCGUUCACCUCCGGGAGCUCCAGGAAGGUGUCCACGUCCAUCUACGUCCUCGUCCUGGUCGUCGCGGUUCUACUCUGCAUCACGCUCUAG